AUGCGGGAAAACUCAGCUAUCAUUGACCCCGGAAGCGGCUGUCUGUCCUGUAGAGAAGCCAGUUCUCAGGCCACAGGUCCCCGCCAUCGUAUGAUGCACGCCAAGGCUCCACUCACCACCACCGCCUCUCUUCCUCUUCACCUCAACUCUCCACCAUCCAUCCACACCACAAUUGAAACCCUCACGAUACCCACAAGCAUGUUCACCCCACGCCCCCUCCUCCUCCGCGCCCUCCCCCGCACCCUCCCCCGCAACCUCCGCCUCACCCCCCUCCCGCGCACCCUCACCACCGCGCCCCACCGCCCCCCCACCACACACACCUACACCACCCCCACCGCCACCCGCUCCGCCCUCGCCGCCCAGAAGCGGCGCCAAACCACCCUCAUCGUCUGCGCAACGCUGUCCAUGGGCGCCCUCUGGUUCCUCGCCACCUCCAUCGACAUCGAGCACAAGGCCGAGUCGCCCCCCGGCACCACCACCACCACCACCCCCAUCAAGCCCGGCACCCCCGCGAUCCUGCACAGCGCCGCCGAGAAGGCGGCCGGCGUGGAGCUGGUCCCCAGCGGCACGACCAGUGUCCCGGCGUUCCCGAAGACGCUGAGGCUGGGCGGGACGGAGUAUGCGCUGGUUGGCCUGGGGAUCAGAACCGUCAGCUUCCUGGGCAUCGAGGUGUAUGUCGUGGGCUUGUAUGUGGCAGCCGACGACCUAGCGAAGGUGCAGGCGGCGCUGGCGCGGCGCGUGGGCGAGGGGGUGACGGCGGCGACGGCGGGGGAGAGGGACGUGCUGAGGGGGGAGUUGGCGGUGGAGGGGGAGGCGUUCUGGGAGGGGUUGUUGGGGCCGGAGGGGGCGGGGGUUAGGUCCGUGCUGAGGAUUGUGCCGACGAGGAAUACCGACUACCAGCACCUCCGCGACGGCUGGAUCCGCGGCAUCCAAUCGCGCACCAGCAAGAACGCGGCCUACGACGACGAAGCCUUCUCGCACGCGCUGACCUCGUUCAAGCAAGCAUUCGGGCAGAAGAAAUCCGUGCCCAAGCAGAAGACGCUGCUCCUCGUGCGCGACGCAAACGGCGCGCUCGAGUGCCUGUUCGACCCCACGGGGCGCAACGACGGGCGCGUCGGCGGCGACGGCGACGCCGAGAAGGACCACGUUGUGGUGCUGGGCAGCGUGGCUGAUCCGAGGCUGUCGACGGCGCUGUGGAUGUGCUAUGUUGGCGCGGGGAAGGUGGCGAGUGAGCCCGCGAGGAGGAGCGUGGUGGAGGGGUUGGUGACGCUGGUGGAGAGGCCGGUGGGGACUGUGGGGAGUGCUAUGGCGUAA